AUGGGGUCUCCGUUUCGAAGCACCCGUCAUGACGCCCGCAACCUUUCCUCCUCGCCGGGCCUUCCAUCCCUCGAUCAACUCAAGUCCCAAUUCCCCAAGAACCCUCCGAUUCGACGCGGCAGUAUAGCCAUGCCGAUGCCCAGCCAAGCGAGCCACCAUUCCUCCAAUGCCUCGAACUUCCUCCGCCAGGAACAGUCUGCGAUCGACUUGACGACACCCUCCAAGGGUUCCAUUGAACCUCCGAUGCCACAGCAGGAGGAGGAUGUGACUGUUGUAUCAAUUGCGACCUUGACUUCGAAGCCGAAGCGGAAGAGAGGUGUCAAAGUCCUAGAGAAGAAGGCAAACGAACCGCCACCAAAUCCCACGAGAGAUGUCGAAGGGAGCCCGCCAUGGAAGAAGUACGUGAAGCCCAAGAACGCGACCGAGAUACCUGAGAAAAUACCGAAAACCACAAAGGCCAAGGCACCCACGAAAAAGGGCGGUGUCAAGAGUCACCACUUUGCAAAGGCCAAAACUGGGGAAGAGGCAGAAACUACGGUGCUACCCAAAAAAGAUGCGCCAUUGGAGCUGGAGGCAGCUUUGAGACGUCGCGUAGACUGGACGCCACCGCCGGCUGACAGCGGACUGGCUGCUGGGUCCAAGUCUUCACAAGCCAUCGAACUUCUCUCCUCGGCUGCGAAAAUUUCGAGUCGUGCAGCAUCGAAGGAUACUUUCGAGAAUCUCCUGAAGAAAUAUGGCCGGCCGGAUGAAGACGCACUAAAGAGGCCAUCUGCUGAAACUUCAGAUAGCGACAAUCCAGCUUUCAAGAAGCGAAAGCUGAUUGGGGCGGUGCCCGUCAGCGAUUCGUCAAAGAUGGCACCACCAGCAAAGGGCGCCACGAAGGCAAAAGCACCCAGGAAGAAGCCGCGCACAAUCACCGAGCUGGCCACAGCGGCCUACGUGGUCCCAGCCGCUGUUGAACAGGAGACUGUCCCAGCGAUUCCACAAGAAAGCGCUGCAAAUGAGGACGAAGCGGCGAAACCGAAGGGGAAAAAGCGGGCGUCAAGGGCGAAGAAGCCGAAGAAGGUACUUCCGCCAGAACCUGUUUUACUCUCGCCGACCGCGGCUUUGAGGCAAGCGGCAAAUCAGGACUACGUUUUCGGGACUUCCAGCCAGCUGGCACGAGAACAUUCUCCUACUUUCCUGAGGGAUCUCCAGUCCGCGCUGCAGGCGUCGAACUCGUUGAGGGAGGAAGACCCAUUUGUGACACCAAUCAACAGCGAUGCUAUCGAACCUGAACCCAAGCAGAAGCUCUGGGAUGUCGGUGCAAGGGACGAGGAUGGACGGCUUUUAGAUCUGGAAGUCAUCAAUCUAGCUGAUACCCCUGACGUAGUCCCAAGCGCAACAGCCGGUAUCAACCCGUUCGGAUACGCAGGCGUUCAGAACCAAGCAGCACCACUGCCAGCCCAUAUUCCAUCAGACGUGUCUUUCCCAGACAUAGAAGACCUCUUGGGUAAGGGUCCAGUCGGCGACGCUUCCACUGAGCAGAAACCAGCGGCGCCACUACCAGUCCACAUACCCUCUGAUGCUUCCUUCCCGGAUAUAGACGAUCUCUUGGGCAAUAAUACAGGCGGCGACAUGACUAAGCAACAAAAAGAGGCCCCGCCUGUCUCUCCAGCUGCCCGGCAAGCCGAUCCUGAACCGGAAGUUGCCUCAACGGUGUUGGUUUCGUCUGGGUCGGUGCCAGAUAUCGAAGCAGCUCCUGACCUGGCGCCUCCUCGAUUGCCAUCGGCAUCAGAGGCCGAAGUUUCCAAGUCGAUACAAAUAAACAAGCCUGUGCCAGAAAUUCCAAAACCGAAUUAUGACCUCUACACCGAUAACCAGCUUGCCAGGGAGAUCGCCUCUUACGGAUUCAAGCCGGUCAAGCGACGACAGGCCAUGCUCGCCCUGCUGGAUCAGUGUUGGACGAGUAAGCAGAGGACGGCCCUUGCUUCGCUUCCCACAAACCACCCGAUCUCGACGACCUCUCGGGCGCAAGCCGCUGCUCCAAAGAAACCCGCAGUGAACACAUCACCCAAGCGGCCGCGAGGUCGUCCCAGGAAAAACAGCGAGAUCGAGAUGCCUUCCAGUGAGCCGCCACCAUCAGCGCAACCUCCCCCGCCGUCGCCCAAACGGGGUCGCGGGCGCUCAAAGAAGACCACAGAGCCCUCGAAUACUACCACUUCGACGUCAGCGGCGGCCAAGAAGGGCAAGGCCAAAGCAAGCACUGCGGCACAAGCGGUUCCCAAAGUGGCCUCACCGGCUGCUUCUCCACGUCCAAAGAAGGCCAAGGUGUCGGUCAUCAUUGAAAUCCCAGACUCGGCAUCUGAAGGGUCGCUUUCACCGUCGCCGUCGGCAUGCUCCUCACCCGAGCCAAUGUUUUCACCACCCCCCGAAGACGUCUCGGUCUCCAUCGGCGAUGAUACGGAAAUGUCACUUGCUGCAUCGCCAACCAGCCAGUCGGCAGUGCUAUUUGCGCAAAUCACCGAAGCGGUGACUUCGGCGCCGCCGACGACAGACCCCAAGAAGCCGUCCUUCCAUGAGAUGAUGUUGAUGUAUGAUCCGAUCGUGCUAGAAGACCUCGCCACUUGGCUGAACACGGGCCAGCUCUCUAAGGUUGGCUUCGACGGCGAGGUGUCGCCGAAUGAAGUGAAGCAAUGGUGCGAAUCCAAGAGCGUGUGCUGUUUAUGGCGCGAGAGCUUGAGAGGAAAGGAGCGGAAGAGAUAUUGA